AUGGAUGGAGGUCCUCGGGAAAAGUCAGAGGCCGCUCGUUUGAAACAUGAUAUCAGGAGGUUUUUUGGCCAGCGGAAGAAAGAAGUGUCGUCGUCUACCCCUCCUGUCUCCCAGGGUGCGGUCGAGGUAGCCAUGGAUAAACCAUUCUCCUUGCAUGACCGCAAUCUCGGCACCACUUUCGAAGGUUGCAAGAGUAGGAUGCUGUCGGACAUCUCACUGCACAUCGGAGAUGAGGUCGAGGCGCCAAAUGAUCCCAUCGGUCGAAAUGUCACCGCUUCCGAGCCUUCGGAAGCCAAUACGUUAAUAGCACAUGACUCAGCUACUAGAUCCUCUCUUUCGAUGAUCAGAAGUUACCGCGAGACAGAAUUACUGAUGCAUUAUCUGGAUUAUGUAUUUCCCUUGCAAUUUCGUUUCUAUGACUUUUCUUCGCACCCAGGGGGCCGAGGCUGGUUGCUCUGGCUUCUAUUCAACACGGGUCCGCUGCUCCAUGCUACCUUGAGUUUGAGUGCCCUCCACCAAUAUACUUUGUUUCACCCACAAUCAGACAGAAGGGCCAAAGAGCUUGCUGCAUAUCAUGAAAACGCCCUGCGUGACCUUCAGGUGUUCUUGGAAAAUGCUGGAAUGGACAAUGACACCAACGGAAAUAUUCGAGACGUCACGGUUUUGGCUUGCGGCAUAUCGCUUAUCAGUUUUGAGGGUGGGAUUUGCAAUUGGCAAUUGCACCUAAAUGCCCUGCUAUCUAUCCUGGACAGAUGUGACCUUUCUAGUUUCGGGAAAAGCUGUGUUAUUGAGAACGAGCUGGAUGAGUCCUUUGAUUGGCAACACACUGCGCUUUCCUUUUUUCUCACGGUUCUUUUGUGGUUUGAUCUGCUUUCGUGUGUCUCUACCGAGACCACUCCUCGUUUGCCAUAUCGCAGACUGUUGGACGAUGGUAUCGUCAAUAUGGAAAGCGUGAUGGGGUGCACAAACCGGGUGAUGCGUGCUAUCGGAGAUCUUGCCAACCUAAGCUCUUGGAAAUGUCGUGCCAAGGAGCUUCAAGUGCUGAACACACGAGAACUUCUCUUACGCAGCCUUGAGAUAGAAAAGCAACUUGAGGAAGGGCUGAGUGAGCUGGGAACGACAGCAGAGCAGUCGCCGGGUGACCCAAUGAAAGGUCCAAACCGAUUUUCCGAAUCUGUCCAAUUCGUAACUCGGGCUUUUGCUACCUCUGCCCUUGUCCAAUUGCAAACAAUAGCCUCGGACAGCUACCCGGAUCUAUUUCAACUUCAGAGUGCAGUGUCAAGGAAUAUUGCUAUUCUGAAACACAUCGAUGAUCCUCAGACUGUUCGAGGGCUCGUCUGGCCUCUUUGUGUCUCUGGGAGCAUGGCAGAGCCUGAUCAGCAGUCGAUCUACCGGAAUUUCGUUCGAAGAGCGAUGAAAAGCUCUCGUGAAUUCGGAAACCUUGAUGCUUUGCUUCUAAUAAUGGAGAAAUGUUGGGAAAUGAGAAGACUUGAAGCAGAGCGGGAUGUAAACUGGAAAACUGCUAUGAACGAGCUCAAUAUUAGUUUACUUCUGAUUUAA